GGGGACGGUAGGAGCCCUACCAAAAUCUAAGUUGUCUGCUACGGAUGUACGCGAACAUUUAGAGUCUCAUACCAACUCAACACCGCAAUAAACUGUACCAACAGAAACUGCGAUAAACUGUAGAUACUUAACUAGGAAAUACAAAUCCAUCAAAAAGGGCAGAGUUCAGGUAUGAGUAUCCCCUGUUUACCCCACUUCAAACAAGAUGACUUAUUUGAUGAAUGGGAACUUCGCAUUUGCAUCUUAGUUAGCCUUUUCCUUCAAAUUUUCCUAAAUGUAGCUGGAACCUUUAGAAGGCUAGCAUCCCACAAAUGGAUUGUUAUCUUUCUCUGGUUAGCUUAUUUGCCUGCUGAAAUUCUAGCUACUUUUGGACUCGGACUCAUUGUCAGCAGGCAAAGUUUGUUUGCGAAGUAUUGCAAUGAGGAUGAAGGCACUUCUUGUUAUAACGAUCAUCUUCAUAUCUACUGGGCUCCUUUUUUACUUGUACACCUUGGCGGUCCAGACAUCAUCACUGCUUUCGCACCCGAGGACAAUGAACUCUGGCUCCGACAUUUGUUUUAUCUGGCUUCACAGGUCAUUGCUGUGGCUUAUGCUUUCUAUCAGUCUCUACAAACUAAUUACCAACUCAGGAUCCCAACGCUGCUCAUGCUUUUCUGUGGGAUCAUUAAGUGCGCUGAGCGUACGCGUGCUCUGCAUUAUGGAAGUGCAAAAAGCUUUCGGAAUUCCUUGCUUUCAAAAUCUGACAAUCCAAGAGGAGAGUCCAAACUUAUAAAUGCAACCGGAGCCAGGAUUUCUUCUUUGCAAGUGCUGCAGUAUGCUUUUGUAUACUUCACUGCAUUCAAAGGACUUGUUGUAGAUCUCAAUCUCAGCAACCACGAACGCAACCAAAGCCGGGACUUCUUUCUUGCAACAUCUUAUAAAAACGCUUUCAGGUUAGUUGAGGUAGAGUUGAAUUACCUCUAUGAUGUUCUUUUCACCAAAGUCCCUGUGUUGCAGAAUAAAUUUGGCUACUGGUGUCGAAUUCUAUCCUUCCUCGCAGUUGUUUCUUCCUUGGCACUCUUCCAUAUUGUGGUAAAUAGGAACUUCUAUCACCUACUUGACGUGGUCAUUACAUACAUUUUGCUAAUUGGAGCAAUAGUGUUGGACAUGAUUUCAUUUUUUAUGCUACUUUUCUGCGACUGGACAGUUGUUAAGCUCAAGCCUUUGUCGGCUGCAAACCCUGAUGAAAAAUUAUGGAAACAUAGGUUUGCCGAUUGGAUACUGCAUGUUAAUAAUACUAGGAGUGAGUUCCUAGAUUGGUUACUUGGUUUUGUUGGAGAUAGAGACCGUCAUGCAUCAGAAUUUACUGAUAGCAGGUGGGCUCAAUCUUUGUCAACAUUCAAUCUGAUAUAUUAUUGUUUACAUAAAAGUUCAAAGAAAAGGGAAAAGCUAUAUGAUUAUUUUGGCCUUAUAAGUUUUCUGAAUGGAAUUUGGUACGUGAAACCACGGCCACUCACCUCUUACAUGAUUGGUUUCAUCUACAACGAGCUGAGGAUGAAAUCAGAGAUUGCGGGAAGUUUAGUCAAAGCUAAAGAAAUAUGUUCAUCCAAAGGAGAGUGGAUACUUGAACAUGCAAGGCAACCUAAUCUUCUUCAAUUUGUUUCUAAUUUUAACUUUGAUGAGAUCCUUAUUAUCUGGCAUAUAGGGACUGAACUCUGUCACAACGACAGCCAAGAUCAGCUUACUAACUUGGAACAACGUGACACUGCCAAGCAGCUAUCAGACUACAUGCUAUAUCUUAUGGUCAUGAAGCCUGAUAUGAUGUCUUCAGUUGCUAGUACCGGGGAUAUAAAGUUCCGAGAUACAUGCACUGAGGUUAGCAAAUUAAUUGACAUUCAUGAAUUGCCAGAUCUGGUCAAGAAAAAGUUUUGUUUGUUUGGCAGAGACAGCGAGGAAGAGAAGGAAACCUUGCAGAGAAAUGCCUGUGAAAUCAUUUUUAAUGUCAACAGAGAAAUUAAGCCAGCUACCAUGCAGACUAACAGAAAUAAAUUGUUAUUGUUUAAGGCAUCUGCAUUGGCCAAAGAGCUAAGUAAAGUGUCUCCGUCAGAUGAAAAAUGGUCAAUAAUAAGCAAAUUAUGGGUAGAACUGCUAUCAUAUGCCGCAAUUCAUAUCAGAUCAUGUGCUCAUGCUGAGCAGCUAAGUAGAGGUGGGGAGCUUAUAACUAUUGUGUGGGUACUCAUGGCUCAUUUUGGCUUGGGAAAUCAGUUUGAGAUCAUCCCUGGAACAGAAGCCGAUAGCUGAUUGUUGUAAAAGGUAGGUUAUUUAUCAAAUAGUGUCAUAUGUGGUUUGAAGCAACUAGCUUCUUAGCCCGUGGAAGAAGCUCUAAAUAUAAGUAUUUUGUGUUUUGUCAGCAAGUAUGUAUUUGGUGUCUUGGUAUAUCUAAGUGAAAGUAUUUGGUGUGUCGGCGUGUAAAAGGUGCAAUCGAUCAGAUUUAUGGCACUUGGUAUUUCCUAGCUUAUUAUCCCUUAAAUUUUCAAGGGUUAUACUUAUACAUGAUACAUGUAUACAUGAAA